UUUAGGCCGUAAUAAAGUAGGUGGCUUAUGAUCGGGAAGCCCAAUGGCCAGGGAAGCUAUUGAGAGCCCCCUAGCACGUGGAAAAGUCCGGGUUGCAGUUGUAAUGUCUCCGUUGCGCCUUGAGUCUCCUGACUGCUAUGCCGAGGUAUACGUAAUAAUGUCAUAUUGUUUACACUUUCACAAUUUUUCACUUCCCUCGUGGCUGGCUGAAGGAAGUGAAACGCGUGGCAUGCACUGUCAACACCAAUCAGGUUCUUCAGACCUUGAUGGAACGGCAGUUCCCGAAAAUUGCACCUUGUCUGAUUUAAUUAUGUGGUUGAAGACAAACCUCCUAAAAGGAAAAGAAGAGUUGUUUGUUCAGGGAAACACUGUACGGCCAGGAAUUCUCGUCUUGGUGAACGACACAGAUUGGGAGCUCCUGGGUGGACUAGACUGUGAAGUUAAACCAGAUGACACUGUGCUUUUUAUAUCAACACUGCAUGGUGGAUAAGAAGAUUAUUGCCAUUUGUUUCACAAUGCUUUCAUUUGCCAACUGUCAUCACUCAUCUUAAGAAACUUCAGAAUAUCCAGUCAAGCUUGGAAUCAAACUCUGGACUUCUUGAUUUCAUACUGUACCAGACACCAACUGCGGGCUCUAAGAAGCACAACAAAAUGCAUUGCUGGACUACUUGAUGCAUGGAUGUUUUCUAGGAAAGCAGUGCACCAAAAAGACAAGGAUUAAGAUGAGGUAACUAGGAUUAGUGAACUCCUUUAUGCCUCAUAUAAAGUCCUUGUUUUUAGGUGCACUGCUUUUUGCCACUAAGCUGUAGCUCCUCAAAAUUUUUGACUAAAUCUUGAAGAUGAAGCACCUGAUCAUGAAGAUAAAGCAUGAAGUAAUGAUUUGCUAUGGCCUAACGUACUGGAAGCAGCAACUAUGAAAAAGGUUGAAUAGCAAUGACAAUAAAAAAAUAAACAGAUCACAUCUAAUAAGAUCAAUUCCUAAGUGUACCCCAAUACUCUCCAUGGUACUCAAUACAACAAAGCUGCUGACUUG